AUGGCGGCUGAUGACAUCUCUGCUCAGCACGUUCCGCCAGUUUCGGCGAACGGAAACUCCAUCGUCCAAAGUGACGAAAGGACGCCGCUACUGAGCAAUCAGAAUGGGAAUGAUGUCUCGGCCGAGGGGUCUCCGCUGGUCAACAACGACGAAGAGCAGAUCAUCAUCGUCGAAGAAGUGAAAGGGUUGAAGCUGUGGCUCAUCCUCUUCACCUGCUGGAUAGGCGUGUUUCUCGGCGCCAUCGAUUCUACCAUCAUCGCCACCCUCUCGGCACCCAUCUCUAGCGAGUUCCAAUCCUUGAGUCUAUUAUCAUGGCUUGCAACUGCUUACUUUAUCUCAAAUGCUGCCUGCCAACCCAUCUCCGGAAGAUUGACGGAUAUCUUCGGGAGAGGCCCCGGCCUCGUGUUCAGCAAUAUCUUCUUUGCUGUCGGCAAUCUCAUUUGUGGUCUCGCGCAGGACCAAAACGUUAUGAUAUUUGGACGAGUUGUCGCUGGCAUUGGAGGCGGCGGCCUCAUGUCCAUAUCCACUUUUCUUGGUACCGAUCUCGUCCCUCUGCGGAACCGAGGAGUCAUCCAGGGGAUCGGUAAUAUAUGUUAUGGAGCCGGGGCCAUGCUAGGUGGCGUCUUUGGUGGUCUGGUCAAUGACAACUCUUCUUGGGGCUGGCGUCUGGCAUUCUUGAUCCAGGUUCCCCUAGUUCUAGUCUCGGCUUGUCUAGUUGCCUAUCUUGUCCGCAUACCACCCAAAGUAUCAGAAAAGUCAUACCUAGCUCGCAUCGACUUCACGGGUGUAUUGUCACUCAUUUUGUUUCUGGUCCUAUUGCUGCUCGGCUUGAAUGCCGGUGGGAAUUUGGUCCCAUGGAUCCAUCCCCUUCCGCUAACUACUUUGCCGCUUUCACUAGUAGCGUUUAUUGCCUUCAUUCUCUGGGAAUCACGUGCUAAACAACCGAUUAUCCCGGUGCGCCUUCUUUUAGAUCGUACAGUCUUCACAGCCUGUAUGACGAACUUGCUAGGCAUGAUGAUAAACAUGAUGGCUCUCUUCUAUAUCCCUCUUUACAUGCAGUCUCGCGGAAGUUCUUCGACAGAUUCUGGAGUAGUAAUCCUUUUUGCACCUAUCGGAAUAUCUAUAUGUUCUAUUGGAAGCGGGCUCAUUAUGAGGAAAACCGGUCGAUAUGGUAUCUUUGCUGUAUUACUUCAAGUAGCCUCUGUCAUCAUCCUCACAACUCUCAAUGAGGACUCUCCAGCAUGGCACCUAAUGAUCGCCUUCUUAUUUCUUGGUUCCGGCCAGGGGGGCAUGCUUACUAUCACGCUCCUAGCUUGUUUAGCAGCCGUAGACCACUCCCACCAAGCCGUAGUUACUUCUGCUACUUACGCAUUUCGAUCCGUCGGUGGAACGAUCGGUGUGACGAUCGCAUCAGCCAUCUAUCAAAACGUACUUAAAACUGAGCUAUGGGAGCGAUUUGGCGACCUUCCUGGGGCAGCGGAAGAGAUUCAUAGGAUCAGAGAUGAUCUAGACGAAUUGAAGCACCUCCCUGAUGGCUGGUAUGAUGGUGUCAUAGCGUCAUUUAUGGAAGCCUUCAGGAGUGUGUGGGUUACAAUGUUAGGGCUAGUGAUUCUGGAGCUUGUUUGUAUUUCCUUGAUGAAGCAACACAAGCUACAUUCAACUCUGUCUCGCAGUGAGAGGGAAUAA